AGCUGAGUCGCCAUUGUACAUGUCGUUUCCAGCUGACGAGUGAAAUUUAGACAUACGUUGUCCUCUUCGUUGGAAUGUGUACAGUAUAUAGCCACCAGCCAGUAUGGGUUACGCAGAGCUUCAAGCUUCAAGCAAAAGAUGGAGAUAUAGAGAGGUUACAGCAUCUGCUGACUGCCGGGCAUAUCGAUAUCAAUGAGCAGGCCUGGGGUUGGAGUACACUUCUUCACUGUGCUGCAGGGGGGGGCCGUACGCAAUGUGUUCAACUUCUCCUCCAACACGGGGCGGAUACCGAUAUACAGGAUAAGUUGGGGAGGACACCACUUCACUGUGCUGCAGAUCACGGCUACACACAAUGUGUCCAGCUUCUCCUCCAACACGGGGCGGAUACCAGUAUACAGGAUUGGGCUGGGAUGACACCACUUCACUGUGCUGCAGAUUACGGCUACACACAAUGUGUCCAGCUUCUCCUCCAACACGGGGCGGAUACCAGUAUACAGGAUAGGUAUGGGAUGACACCACUUCACUGGGCUGCAGAUCACGGCCAUAGACAAUAUGACCAGCUUCUCCUCCAACACAGGGCGGACACCAGUAUACAGGAUGAUAAUGAGACGACAGCACUUCACUUAGCUGCAGAUCACGGCCACACACAAUGUGUCCAGCUUCUCCUCCAACACGGGGCGGAUACCAGUAUACAGGAUUGGUUUUUCAUGAGGACGCCACUUCACUGGGCUGCCAGUGGCGGCCACAUAGAGUGUGUCCAGCUUCUCCUCCAACACGGGUCGGAUACCAGUAUACAGGAUAAGGAGAAAAAGACACCAAGAAUGUUGGCAGAAGAAAAAGAGCACAUUGCCGUAGUUGAACUGCUGAGGCGUUUUGAAGUACAUGACAUACAGUUGUACAUUCAAACCAGAACUUUAGAGCACCUUGCUGAAAUAUUAGGCCCUGAAGAAUAUGGCAUAUUUAACCUGACCAACUUUGGCCCGAACUUUCCUGAUCUGUUUCAAUUCCAAAAAAUUCAAGGAGUGAAAGAUUGGGUUGCCAAGAACAAUUACACCACUGUUAAAGAUAUAAGGGAUGGGCUACUGGCUGCAAACCGUCUGCGACUGUCCCGUGCGGCAGUAGAGUAUUAUACUCAGGUGGUAAUAAAUAUCUCAAACAUGCCCCCCGAUGAAUUUGAAACACUCUGUAGAACCCUGACCACUGCAAAGUACAUGCACCAGCACACACCAAGUUCAACGACCCGUGGUCUUAAAAGUGCAAGUUUACCAUUGGAUCAAUACCGCCAGGACGCGUUCAUUGCGCACAGUGAAGAGGAUGAGUCCACUAUAGAACCAGUCCUGCUCCAGCUAAAAGAAAGCGGGAUCCAGUGUUGGUACGACAAAGAAGACCUCAUUCCUGGAACAUAUGUGAUUUAUGAAACUGUUGAGGCGAUUAGUGCAUCUAUGUUUUCCAUCUUGUUCCUGUCCAAGAGUUUUAUCCAGAGUGGUCGGUGCAAAUUCGAGAUGGAGAAUAUCAUACGGAAUGCCACAGAGAAAGAGCAUGGCGUCAUCCCUGUUGUUAUGAACAUAACGCCAGAGGAAUUUCCUGAUGGAUUACGCAACUGGAAACAUUUCUUUUUCGAUGAUCAAGAGCUCGUUUCAAAGAUUUUGGCAGUUAUAAAAGGGCCAAAAGUAAUCCCCACGUAUGGCCAACUUCGACAAGAGAACGGGAUUUUGCGAGACGAGAACGAGGUUUUACGAGACGAAGUCCGGAAAUUGACAGAUAAACUUCGUCUUCAGAGCCAAUAAAUGGAUGUCAGUCGACGUAACGUGGUUUUAUGUAACUGGCAUAUAUAAGGCUUGAUGUCUCAAAUGAUCUUAAAAUUACACCAGAGUAUAUUUGAUUAAAUAAAUGGUUGUUUCAUUCCUUGAACUCUUUGUACAAUUAUUUUGUGAAACUGCUCGAGUGAUGUCCCGGUCUUCUUGUACAUUUUGUAUUCAUUCCAAUGCCAGGCCCACUGAUUGUGUUUAUAUGUACGGGGGAGAUCUCCUUAUAACUACUUCAUACUCAGUACUCCUCGUAACACGUGUCACACCGUAUUCUUCAUUCUUAUUCCUAAAUUACAUUUUAGCCACUCAAUCAAUGAUAUGGUUACUGAUUACUUUUUUACUAGAAAACUGUGCACUAGUAUAUAUACAUGUGUCUACGAAAAUUGGCGGCCAUUUUGGAUAUAUCAUGUUUCCCAUUUGGGAUUCCUUGGGGUUUUAGUAUGUCGAGCAAACACAAAACGUUAAAUAUCAUUCCCAGGACGUUACCAUGAUUUUUUUCUCUCUUUUGUUUUAUAAAAACGUAAUAAAACGUUCUGUGUUUUCUGAGAAGCUUCAGUGUAAUAAAUAUGUUGCCAUUUUGACCAGGUUCACCACAGGUUUUGUCAGUUUCACCUGAACUAUUAGAGUACACAUUUAUUAUGCUGUAAAUUGAUGCUGUAAAUUCUACGCUUAAUGCUUAAAUAUCAACAAGGGUUUUGUUUGUGAUAUACGUAAUAAUGAUUGGUGUAGGAGUAGAACUUCCACUGAUUCUGUUGGGUAUCAUAGCUUUAAUUUCAAAAAGUGAAGUUUUAUUUAUUUAUUUAUUUAUUUUUUAUUUAUUUAUUAUUUGCCGUACGUUUCCAUACCACUGUAUACUGGGUAUUGAAUAUAGAGAAGCAAAUUGUUUUCUCAUUUGUUUCUGUUCAGUUUUGUUGUCGAUGACAAAAAUCCAUAUUAUGCAAUUCUUUUCCAAAAAGAGUUAUGGUUUCAAAAGUUGUGCACUUACUGACUAGUAGAAAAAGCAGUGCAUGUUUACAUAUCUUUUUUAUAUAUAAUGCAUAUGACCUGAUUUUUAAGGAUAAGAUUUCUAUGCUACAUGUAUAAAGUAUUCCUUUUUUAAUCUUGUAUGAUUUUGAUCUUAAUGUGAAAUGCUAUAGAUUUACUGCAUAGUAUGUUACCACUCUUUAUACAUCAUGGUUCCAAACCAUAAAUUUGUUCAAUCGUGCAAGUUCAGGCCCGUAGCCAGCAAUUUCAAAGGGGGGGGGG